CGAUACCCGGACUUUCCGGUUUACUACAAGAUAGGAAUUGAAGCUAUACGCUUUUGCCCUAUCAAGUUUUUGGCGCCGUUGCCGGGGACUGCCAUACCUUAUUUUUAUUGAUUUUUGUGAGUGAACUAUUUUGAUCUGGGUGUUAGUGUGCAGAAGAAUUUUCAGGUUUAUCCUCCUCGUGCAUGCCUAGGAGGACGACCGGCGAUUUACUGCCACUAGAUCUGGAGAUCGAGAAGACCUGCCGACAGAACAGGAAGCAGGUCAAGUUAGGGAAGCAGCCAACCACAACCACUAGGCCUUCCCUAACCCAGAGAGGGCAGGCUUCAUCACCUGUCGUCCCUACACCACCACCACCACCACCUCGUGACAUUGAGCUUGUCAUCAUGGCAGACGAGGAUCGUUCGAUCAGGGCUCGUCUGAAUCGAAGGACUGGAGCCCGAGCUUCAUGUGUUGUCAUUCCGGCUGGGGAUGCAAACAUGGAGAUUACCCCAGCCUUCAUCAAUAUGAUCACUAAUGGGUACACCUUCUCCGGGGCUAGCAGUGAGGAUCCUCAUGAGCAUCUUCGCCGGUUCGCGAGCAUUUGUGAUACUAUGAAGAGCCCGAACGUGUCUGAUGAUGCAAUCCGUCUUCGGAUGUUCUCAUUUUCUCUGCUAGGGAAUGCAUCACACUGGUUCCAAAACUUAACACCCCGUUCCAUCACGACAUGGGGUCAGCUUGAGAAGGUAUUUCUGGAUAAAUACUUCCCACCUGUCUUGGCAAUGAAGAGGCAAGAAGAGAUUGUUACUUUUAAGCAGACUGAUGAUGAGAGUCUGACUGAGGCAUGGGAGCGCUACAAGGGGCUGUUGAUGAGAUGCCCAAGCCAUGGUCUUGAAGAUUGGAACGUGAUCAUUAUUUUCUUCAAUGGAAUCAGAAGGGAGUUUCGGGAUGCCCUGAAUACUGCUUCUCGAAAUGGUUUCACAAGCAUGGAGGCACCAGCAGCAUAUGAUCUGGUAGAGAAGAUCUGUUCAGAAGCCACUGAAUGGGGUAGUGAGACCAGUAUUCGAAGGAGAGGAGGCUUGCAUGAGAUAAACAGAGUUGCGAGUCUAGAAGCCAAGAUAGAUGCUAAACUGGAUUCCAAGUUUGAUGCACUCGAACGAAGGUUGGCCAAGAUUGCUCUGGGUAGACAAGAGGAGGUUGUUUCAUGUGAACUUUGCGAGGGUCCUCAUCACAGGGAUAUGUGUCCACUGGGAGCUGCUCAGCUGGAAGAUGUCCAAUACAUCAAUAAUCCGCGAAGUCAAAGCCAGGGUGGUAUGUAUUCAAAUACAUAUAACCCUCAAUGGAGACAUCACCCCAACAUGUCAUGGUCAAAUAAUAAUCCAGCUGGUGUUCGAAACAUCCCACCUCCCGGUUUUCAACAGCAGCAGCCUCAACCAGAGAAGAAGCCCCAGCUGGAGGAGUUGAUUUUGGCUCAUAUGCAGAAAACAGACAAUAAUUUCAAGGGCCUGGAUCAAUUUGUCACUCAACAGCUAGCCAUCAACAAUAAUUUACAAUCUUCUAUGCUAGCUAUGGAGAGGCAAAUAGGCCAGAUGGCUCAAACUUUGGCAGAUAUGCAAGGCAGGAUUCCUGGGACAUUACCAGCAAAUACUGAGAGGAAUCCGAAGGAUGCCAUGGUUGUAGCAGUGACAUUGAGGAGUGGAAAGGCCUUGGAAGACCCUAGCAGCUCGAAAAAGGCACCAGAGGCAGAAGAGGAAGCACCGGGAGAAAGAUCUUGUGCAGAAAAUGAAGAAUCAGCCUUGCACAGGCAAAAAGAAAGCGGUUUGCCUGUGCAAAAGCAUGCUGCCCGUGUACCUCAAAAAGUGGAAAAAUUGAAGAAUGAAGAGGUAAAGCCUUAUGAACCUCCCGCACCAUUCCCUCAAAGGUUAAUGAAGCCCAUGGAAGACCCAAACUUCAAGAAAUUUGUGAAUAUCUUCAAGCAACUUCAGAUUAACAUACCCUUGGCGGAGGCACUUGAACAAAUGCCUACAUAUGCUAAAUUCUUAAGGGAGUUGCUGACAAAGAAGCGGAAAUGGGCUGAUCUAGAGAAGGUAACCCUUACUUCUGAAUGUAGUGCUGUGAUUCAGAAUAAAUUACCAGAAAAGAGGGAUGAUCCGGGCAGCUUCACCAUUCCAUGUGUCAUUGGAGGUACAGAAUUCAAUAAAUCACUUUGUGAUCUUGGAGCAGGAAUUAAUUUGAUGCCAUACUCAGUCUACAAGAAAUUGGGAUUGGGAGAUGUUCUAAAGCCUACUCGGAUCACUCUCCAAUUGGCUGAUCGAUCAGUGAAAAUUCCAAAAAGAGUGGUGGAGAAUGUAUUGGUGAAGGUGGGAAAGUUUAUUCUCCCAACAGAUUUUGUAAUCCUGGAGAUGGAAGAUGAUCGGGGAGUGCCUCUAAUCCUCGGCAGACCUUUUCUAGCAACCGGUGAUGCACUCAUCGAUGUUGGGAGAGGCAAGUUGACAUUCCGAGUAGGUAAGGAGGAGGAAAUUUUUAAUGUCUUUCAAGUUGACCAUAAUCAUGAUGAAUUUGAAAGUGAAGCUCGAGAAAGGAAAAAUCCCUCUUCCUGUGAUAGUGGACCAUCCGAAGAACUAUCACCUAUCCUAUCUGCUCAGAUUCUGAAGUCAAAGCAAGGGCAGAAAUCCUUGCCAGGUCACCUCAAGUAUAGAUAUUUGGGUAAGGAUUUCAAUCUUCCUGUUAUUAUUCCUUCUUCACUGACAUUGAAACAGGAAGAGUACCUGCUUGAGGCGCUGCAGUACCACCUACGCCUCACUAGAGGGUCUAACAUGCCAGCUAAGAAGGUCAUACCCAAUUUUCGCACACCUGGCCCUGCAGAGGUGACUCAUAUGCUGGAUGGAGGUUAUGCGUUCUACCAUUGCUCGGGAGGGUAUGCUGGAUACCUUUCCAUACCCAUUGGUUGAAAGCUCCAUAAACGUCAGGCUGAGGACGUUAAACAAGCGCUUCUUGGGAGGCAACCCAAGGUAAGUUUUCUUUUCUUUAUUUUUAUUUUUAGUUGUGUCAAACCCGUGCAUGUUUAGAUUAGGAGUUGAACAUUAGGGACAAUGUUCCAUCCUGAGUGUGGGGUGGCGAGUCUUAGUGUUUGUUUGUUCCUUUUGUCAUGUGGUCAGUAAAAAAAAAAAAAAAAAUUUGUUUGUUCCUUUUGUCAUGUGGUCGGUAAAAAAAAAAAAAACAAAAAAUCCAAAAAAAUUGCCAUUAGGUUGAGCACAACCAAACUGCAUGCAGUUUGCCUGUGUAAAAAGCAGUCUGCCUGUGUAAAAAGCAAGCUGCCUGUGUUAAUCUAAUGGCUAAAAAACACCUAAAAAUCAGAAAAAUCAAAAACAAAACCUUGUACUCUUGUGGUAACAUGAUGUAAAUGACCGUGAUGCCUUGAAAAUGAGUUUGUGCUUGAAUGAAAUCAUCGAAAUCACCCCACUAGUGUUGAAUUGCAUAGUUCUUCACAAUGAGCUUGAAUGUUUUGACUGACUUGAUAUGCUUUGAAUGAGCAAACUCUUUUAGCAACAUUCUCUUUUGUGAGGAUAGUGUAAUGACUUUUGGUGAAGUAGUUAGGUGGCGAACAUUGACCAUUCGACAUGUUUGGAUAUCGUGCUUACUUGCAUCAAUUGUGAGCUUUUGAUUUGGCAACGAGUUUCUCUGUUUUGAAUGUUUUAUGAUGGGGUGAACUGUAUCUUCAUAAAAGAAAACACUACCUGACAAGUAAAAGAUAAGAAAGUUGCCAUAACAAUUAAAGUGUGGGUAAAAAUGCCAAAAUCGUGUGAGGCAAUCACUCAUUGCACAUGGGGAUGAGGAAAGAUUCAAUUGAGAAUCGGUUCGCGACCGUACGAUGUUGCUUAUCAAGUACGAUCCCCAGUUGAGUGAAGUGCCAUUUGAGGAGCAAUGACCCUCCACACGGACCGAGGAUAAGGAGUUAAAAGAAGCUCUUAUGCGAGUGCUAAGAAGCAGAAAUUGCUCUUGCUCGGUCACCGGUAGUAAGAAACAAAUCCCACUUGUACUAAAUACGACCUCUCGGCAAGCAAAAGCAGAAAGAGAGAAAGCCUCUCCUUGUCAUAAAAGGUAGUGAUGUGCUUAAAGUAAAAUCAUGUUUGCGAAAGGCUUCCCCCAUUAGUUUUUGAGACUCAUGCUUAAUUAAUUGCUUAUGAUUGGUGUGAGUAAGCCAGACUGUCCUCACGAGAUAUGCACCUCACUGAUGUGGUUAGAUUCUCCUAAUAAUUGUUGCACCAUAAGUUGUUAACCACCCACUACCGACGAUCGAAAUUGAGUGUUGCUAUUUGAGUUUUUGGAUGGAUUUGAGUCAGUCAAUGGUAAUGGUUGCAAAGAACUUGAGUGUGGGGUGAAAAGUAUGACCAUUAGAGCACAACUUGUUCUUGAGAAAGAAACUACUGAUUACAACAAGAGUACAAGGAAAUUUUGUGUUUUGCUUUGAAUGUUGAGUCUGUAAUGUGUCAUUGUUUUGGAUGAUUAUGUGUUUGUGUUGUUUGAGUCGUUGCUUAGGGACAAGCAACAAUUGAGUGUGGGGUUGUGAUAUUCGGCUUUAAUAUAUCGGAUUCGUGGACUUUAUGUGAUUAUCUGUAGUAUGUUUUAGCCAAUUGGUACUAUUUUAGGGCUCGCUAACCCGAGAAUGGUUGAAAAACCAUUACUGCCUAGUGCCAUGAGUUUGAUAUGAUACAGGUGGAGAAGACACGAAAGAGGAGCGAGUGCACAAGCAAUAAAUCGGGCUCGAAUUACUUAUGGACUACUCACUUGGGCUAAGGCGCAGAGGAAUUGGACGGAACGUGGGACGGAAACUAGAGCUGGAGGCCAAAGAAUUGGAUUGGGCCAAAGCCCAUUUUAUGUUUUAUCUCCUUGCUGGGCGGCGGAACAAAGGGUGGAAGAAUUGGACACAGCCAAUUUUGGAGGGGAAUCUCUUUGGUGGAGACAAUUGGAACCGGGCGGACUUUACUUGACCAGGGGGGAACGAAAUUCUCUUGAAAAAAAAAAAGAAGAAGAAAAGAGGCGCAUCAGGGGGGAGAAAGAAAGAAAGCAGCGGAGAAAGGCAGCAGGGCGCAGCAGAGAGCGUAUCGAGCAACGAGCAGUUUUUUCCAAGCGGCUAGAGCUGAGUUCAACGAGAGCGAUUAUUUGGUUGGAUUUUCUAAACCUAAUUAGUUGUUUCUUGUUGUUUUAGAACAUGAUGAACAAAACCCUAUCGAUUUAUCUUAAUUUCAUCAUGAACUAAACCCCAAUUUCUGGGGGAAACACCAUAGGAUGUAGCUAUUUCUUGAUUUGAUGGAUUGAUUCAUGAUUCUUUUCUUCCAAUCUCUAUUGCAUGAAAUUGCUUAAUGCUUUGUGUUGACUGGCCACCAAUACAACGAUUUGUAGUUAAUUAGGUUAUUAGCGACAGUGAAACCCUAUUAACUGAACAUAUUUCAUGUGACAUAGUAACUUAUCGAAGCGACAGUGGAUUAAAUAAGGUGCUAUGCGGUCUUAAAUAGGAUAUCGAUCUUCAGACUAAAUAGUUAAUUCAUUGAGCUGCGACAGUAGGAUUUGAAUUGACUAUCUAGUACGUAGUAAUUCCCGACAGGGAUAGCUAGCACAUUCGUGAUAUCCUGGCUGUAGAGGUAUGGAUUAAAUUGAUUGGAAUAUGUGUUAAUCUGGAUAGGAUAGGUAGUGAAUCCCGGUGUUUCUCCCAGAGCUUUCUCCCAUUGAUUUAAACCCGACACUUUAAUUUGCUUGUUUAGUUAAUUUUGCUAGUAGUUAAUAAUCUCAUUAAAUCAUUUUCACCUAUAGUUUGCUCUAUUAAAUCGGUAAAUCUUAAGGUUGUACCAGUCCCUGAGAGACGAUACCCGGACUUUCCGGUUUACUACAAGAUAGGAAUUGAAGCUAUACGCUUUUGCCCUAUCAAGGAACCUGUGCACCUCCUUGCUGGCCUCAAUUCGGGGAAAAAAACUAGCUCAUGAUUAAUUACUAUUUUUCAUACAUAUCGAGAAGAAAAUAGAAUCAGGCUCUCGAAACACUCUUGAAACACAAUUCGUCUAUCACUACAAUAUGCAUGAACUUACUAACCUGACAAGAUAGCUAAAUAAGCUUCUUCAAGAUGAUAUGAUGGGAUAUGGUUUGAGCGCCAAGUUUUGGUUAGGGGUGUCAAUUCGGGUUCGGUUUUUUGGGUUUACCCGAAACCGACCCGAUUAUAUACAUUUUUGGUUUUUUGGGUUCGGGUUUGUUUCGGGUUCGGUUUUGCUUAUCGGUUUUUCGGGAUCCGGCUAAAAACCUCCAAUGAAUAGAACUCAGCCUGUAUUUUUAGGCGUUCGGAUUUUCGGGUUUUGGUUUUGCUUUAACCGAACCCGAACCCGAUAAGGAAUUUUUGGGUUUCGGGUAACCGGAACCCAUAAGUCCUUACCGGGUUCGGUUUUAGUGAUUUUCGGGUUUCGGUUUGGCUAACCAAACCCGACCCGAACUGACACCCCUAGUUUUGGUGCAUCCCCUGGCCAGCUGGCCUAAUCAUCCUCUUAUUCCUAUUCCUCCAUCCUGUUUUCUAGGUUUCUUGACUUCUGUCCUCCUGUAAUGUAAACAAAUAAAUAAUAAUAAUAUAUAAAAAAUGAAGAAGAAGAAGAUAAAGCAUUGUGAUGUAGCCAUAAAGAACUUCUUAAUUUGGAGCUGAGGAGAUCACAUAGGAUUACUUUACAUACAUUAACCACAAUUCCCUAAAUGCAAUUAUACUUCACCAAUUAUACUCCCAUUAUCUCUUCUUAAUUUGGCGCAAGGAAAUUGCAAUAGGGUUUACUUACAUGCAUUAACCACAAUUCCCUAAAGCGCAAUUAUACUCUUCACAAUAAUAUUUAUUAUUAUUUCUCAAUCUAGUAACCCACCACAAAGGUUGACAAUUGGAGAUCGAAUACUCCAAAGUCAAUCACUCCCAUUGCCAUUUGCCAACUAGCAUAUUUACUUUUGGUGAAAUAAUUGUAAUUAUUUUGGGAAUAAUGAUGGAGGAUAACAUAACCCCUCCUUCCCAAAUGUGCAUUGAUCACACCAAGCAACAACAAUAAUUAAGAUAAUUGAAGAGCCAUAAACAAUUAUGUAACCCCCUGGUUGUUAAACCAGGUGGAAUGUUGGUCGGUUAAUUGAGUUCAACCGGUACUUAUACAAAAUUGUCUGAAAUACCUCCAGUAUGAAGUGGUAGUUAAAAUAUGUCAAAACCAGAAAAUCAAUGGUCCGACCGAUAUUACCAAUUUAUGACCCUACUAAAUAAUGUCAUCUUGAUGAAUUUAAUUAAAAAAGUUAUUGUAUUUAAAUAUGAGGGUUUGUCAUUUGAUUUUUAUUGUUGUAUUUUAUUUAAAUAUGUAUAUUAUUGUUAUUUUUUUUGAAUUGAAAUAUAAAUGUUUGAAUGUGGAUGUAAAACAUAUUACAUUUAAAAAUGGUUAUUUUUUUCGUUUGUUUGUAAUAAUGUAGUAUAUUUAAA